CAGUAAUUUGUACCACUGAUAUUCAUAUUACCUCAAAUACGCGAUAUUAUAUUUCAACUUUUAUUAAUAAUAAUUACUAUUUUGUCAAUGUCUGUAAUUACUGUGUAUUCCUUAUAUAUAUAAUUUAACUGAAUGAAAAUGGCUGAAUUUCUUGCGUAUAAGUAAUUCGAAUGUGUUCACUCCAGUUAUUGAGUGUCACUGGUUUCCGCCAUUCCCUCCGCACCCCUGUGAACUAUCCCAGACAUAUUAUCUUGUUAUGAUUGUAGUUCCCGUUCUUGGCUUGAACCCGAAGACGUUUACGACCGUACUGUCGAAAUUCGCGACUGCUGUCAGUUUCCUAACCUCUUCACCGACGAAUGUUCCGGUGUUUCGUGUUGUGUUCAAUUAAUAGUGAUUUAUAACCACAUAACAUGAUGUCGCGGUCAGUGCGUGCAGAGACUCGUAGUCGUGCCAAGGAUGAUAUUAAGCGUGUAAUGCAAGUUGUUGACAAAGUUCGCCAUUGGGAGAAAAAAUGGGUCACAAUAGGAGAAACAACUAUGAAGAUCUAUAAGUGGGUGCCCAUUUCAACACUUGAUCAGAAGAAGGGAAAGACAGUUGCAGACAAAGAAAAUGGUUUACCAAGAAAGAGUGGAUUAGAUUCUUCAAAUUCUAACUUUGGACUUACAGAAGACUCUAACACAUGUUUCUCAACAGUUAGUGAUUCUCAAGGUUUAACAGAUUUCUCUGCACAUUUGGGAUUUUCAGAAGAUUCAAAUUCACAAAAUAGCGAACCAACAUCUAAAAGGUUAAAGACUGAUUAAAAUUUAUUCUGUAACUGUUAUUUGGAAACUGAGGUAUUUAGGAAAUCAUUUACAUCUUUUACAAAUUUGCACCUGAUAAAAUUAUCUUUAAUCAUAAUCAUCACUGGAUACAUUAAAAGAACUUUAUUUCAUUUUUUAUUCUAUUUCAUGUUCAGUUAUAACUCUUAUAUAUGGAAAAAAAAUGAAUACUUUUACGAUAUUGUUUAUUUUUUUAUACGUGCAUUUGUUACAAAUUUUCAUCUUUCAGUUUAGAAUCUAAAAUUAAUAAUAGUUCAUUAAAACAUUUAUGUUGAAUGUUUAGUCUGUUUGGGAGAAAGUAAAGGAAAUGUAAGAUCUCAGUACUCAAAACGGA